GAGCGCGCAAUGUGAAAAUAUUUUCGCCGGGCUGUCGUCGUUGAAACCUUAUCGAGUUGCUAUUUCGUUUCGUUGUCGAUUUUGUGCCUUUGCUGGAAUGUCCAUUAUGUCCGCCAGCCAGGACUACGAUCGGAAGUAUGUGCGCAGCAUGGGGGGCAUCUGCAAGAUCGCCUGCAUGCUGAGCAGCUUCAUCGGCUUCCUGUUCAUUCUGUGCGGCCCGGUGCGAGUGAGCAACUUUCGGGGCAGCUUCUACUUGGUCGUGGCGGCGCUGGGAUUCACGGCCACUCUGGCGCUGCUGCUUGCCCGCUACCUGCGUCUGUGGCAACGUUAUUUCAGUCGAUGCGACUCAACGGUCUGGUCUCUCGGUGUCCACUCCACGCUGGCGGUGUCGUACUUUGUGGCCUCGGGGCUGGUGCUCUCUCUGGACAUUGGGGCCUAUACGGCAGCAGCGUUCUUUGGAUUGACGGCCUUCAGCAUCAACGGCCUGGAGGCUUAUGCCCACUAUCUACGCAGCCGUCAACGGGAUGUGGCCACCCAAACAGUAUAGCCCCCCCGCUACCAAAAGCUUUGAUCGCUCUUAGUACUUUAAGCCGCGAAAAAAAAAAAUUAGAAAAAGCGCAAGGUGUGUUAGUGCAAGGUGGGGUUUUGGCAGUCUGCCUCCUCGAGACGUGCGCCACUCUCUCGUGCUGUCUGCAGGUGUGAGCACGCUCUGCGAAUGCCUCACCUUAUGCUCACACACUGUGAGAGCAAGAGUCAGUGCUAAUUUGAGUGCCACACUGCUCUUUUGUUUGCAUUCAAGUCUGUUAGUUAAGUGUACAAAAGUGAAGAUACAUGCUGUUGCCCGAACAGUUAUUCGAUUAUGUUAUCUAAUAGUCGUUAGAAUGUAGGUCAAGCAUAGAAGAUUAAGAAGAAAGAGGAGAAGAAAGAGAACGGAGCCAGAGUCGCAGCCAAAGUCUAACUUAAGCUUCAGAUAAACGGACAAAGUGGAAAGAAAAGCAAAAGAAUCAAAGAGAGGAUGGAAGUACACGGUUAGAGAGCAGAGGUUAAGCGGAUGAUAGAGAGAGAGAGAGAGAGCAAAUGCCAAAGAGAUAAAUCUUGUCAUACCCUUGCAGAGGUUCCAUUGAUUUUGAAGAAAUUCUUUCAAUACCGGUAUAUUCGAUAUAUUCUUGAUCAGAAUUAACAGCCAAAUUGUUUCCGUCGGUUAACUGCCCCGAAGAGAGCCUUAUUUUAUUCUAGACGCUAAGAUCGGAGCGCCCAACCAUGUGUUUAUCCAAUAUCAUUCAACACUUCGCGUUGUUUUACAUAAUUCAACCCAAUAACAUACAAUCUGAUUAGUAUUUCAAGUAGCCCCUAUUGUAACCAACGAACUGAAAGGCUUCGGGCCCGAAGAUUAAAUUUUGUAUUUAUUUUUUGGC